UACAUUAAUAUGCCAACGCGACAAGAAUGUCUGGAUGUUGCUCAUAACUUUUAUGGCAUAGCAAACUUCCCAAGAGUUGUGGGGGCAGUGGACUGCACUCAUAUAAAAAUCAAUUCUCCAGGUGGAGCUCAAUCUGAGUUAUACAGAAAUAGAAAAGGAUACUUUUCCCUCAACGUUCAAAUGGUCAACUCACACCUGAGAAUAAGAAAUAUUGUUGCUAGAUGGCCUGGAUCAGUACACGAUAGCACAAUAUUUAAUGAUUCGCCAUUAUGUGCAAUGCUAGAGAGGGGUGAUUUUGGGAAUUUUUAUAUUCUAGGCGACAGUGGCUAUCCAUGCCGGCCCUACUUACUGACGCCUCUAUUAAACCCUCGGACAGCAGCAGAAGUGGCUUACAACAGAUCCCAAAUAAGCACCCGAAACCCAGUGGAACGGCUCUUUCGGGUGUUGAAAAGGAGAUUUCCCUGCUUGCAGAAUGGGUUGGGGCUUAAGCUCGAAAACAUUCCCCCUAUUAUUGUAGCAUGUGCUGUGCUCCACAACAUAGCUAUAUAUAGGCAGGAUGAAUUGACAGAGGAAGAACCAACCCUUCUUAAUGAGGCGGUGUAGGAAGCUGUAGCCCAACCCAUAGGGCUGAACACCAAUCAAAAUUUUGUAGUUAGAACUAUGUUAAUAAAUACACAUUUUACAAAUUAAA